AUGAAGUUCUUCUACGACUCGUCAGCCGCCAAGAACCACAUCCGUCCGCUCUCUCGCUCUCCUCCUCCCGGUUCGACCUCGACAUCGACGUCGAAAGCCAAACCGAAGACUGUCCGACCUCCUUCCGACGACGACGACGACGAGGCGGAAGUGCCGAAGAAGAAGCCUCGUAAGACGAGGAGCGAUAAAGGUGUCAAGCGUGUUUCGACGGAUGAGGAGGGGAAGGAAGAGAAGGAGGUGAAGAAGCGCGGGAGGCCGAGGAAGGAGCCUGAGACGUAUGCUGCGAAAGCGAAGGCUGCGCUCAAGGCUAAGGAGAAGGAGAAGCAUAGGGAGUUGCUGGAGGAGAUUGAGGAGGAGGAAGAGGCGGAGGAGAGGGAGAGGGCUGGGAAGGUCGAUCCUGUUGCGAAGGCUGAGAAGGGCAAGGGCAAGGGGAAGGCCAAGGUCGUCAAGCCCCCGGACGACGAAGGGGAAGAUGACGAGAUCGACUGGACCGAGGACGAGCGCGUCGUCGCCGAGCCGAAGAAGGACGUCAAAGGCAAGGGCAAGGGCAAAUCGAAGGACCUCGUCGUGGUCGGCCUCGAGCUGCACGCCAACCGCGCCUCGCUCUCCCCUCCGCCCGCAAAGAAGUCGAAGCUCGCCGCCCGUCCUGUCGCCGCCGCCAACGCUGCUUCGACCGACUGGCUCCCGCGCCUCUCGACGGACAACUACUUCGACCUUUCGUCCGACGAGCGCGAGGCGUUCCUCGAUUUGCUUGACAAGGAGGAUGUGCGUAACCGGAAGGGCGAGGUGAAGGACGGCGGGUCGCCCGCGGGAGGCGAGGAGGUGGCGAAAGCGAGGAAAUGGAGGUGUGCGACAUGCGGGUUCGAUCUUGCAACUCCCGCUUCAGUCGUCGACUCGAUUCUCGCCUCCCGCCGCUUAACGGCUCCCUGCGCACGACUGUUCCUCGUCGCCGCCCCGCUUGUUCCUCGCUUGCAUGCCGAGAUACUUUAUCCGCCUUACGGCUCGCGCAAAUCAAUGCCUAGGAACUUGCCUAUCCCCUCGUACGCGCCACCUUCAACCUUCGCAAUCACCGUCUCCUCUCCGGUGCGUCUCCAUCCCUCUUCUUCGAUCACAUUCCCUACAAAAACGCAAGGACGAGGAGCUGAUGUCAUGCUAGAGGCGGUUGCAGGACGCUUCCCCGAUCCGCGCACUUCGCGCAAAGGAGUGCGAGCGGGGUACGCCAUCCCCUCUGUUCCGCUUCUCGCGUUGAGCGACUGA